AUGCAUCCAGCUCGCCUUCUCCUGCUGCUCCUCCCCGUCGCCGUCAUCGGUGCCACGGCAGAUGUGGACCGCCCGGUAUUUGUGAAAGCCACCUGCUCGGCCCCGGGGAACUACACCGACAGCAGCCCGUUCGGGAAGAACGUCGCCGAGCUCCUGUCCGCGCUGUCGACCCCACCUCCGGCGACGGUCGACAACUACUGGUGGUUCCGCAGCCACACCGUCGGCACAGCGCCCGACCAGGUCUCCGGGCUCGCCGUGUGCUACGCCGACGCCGACGCGGAGCGGUGCCUCGACUGCAUCAAUUCCGCGAGCUCCACCUGGUUCUCCGGCCUAUGCGAUCACAGCCGGAACGUGGGCUUCCUCAGCUCCGUCGGUUGCGCCAUCAGGUACGCGGACGCGCCCUUCUUCGGCUCCGCCGACUCCGGCGCCGACGCCAGGCUUAUCUUGCGCUCGGAUUUCCUGGCCUUCGACGCUGCCGGCAUGAGGGAGGCGCGGCGGGAGCUGCUGAGCCAGCUCGCGGAGAGGGCCGGCGGCGAUGCCCUGCGGUUCGCCACCGGGAGCCAGGGGAUCAAGGACGCCGUCAGCGGAGGCGUCUGGCAGGUGAUGUACGGGAUGGCGCAGUGCACCAGGGACCUGCCGCGGAGCGAGUGCAGCAGCUGCCUCAUAGACCUCCUUGCCGUCAUGUACGGGGAGAGCAUCACCAACAGCACGUCUGCCUCCGUCAUGGGGCUCAGCUGUUACCUCAUGUACCAGAUGAACGAACCGAUCAACUUCAUCGCCGGAAUGGUGGCUGUGCCACCGGCGGCACCGCCAGCCGAGCCUCCAACAGGGUCUGCUGCUGCAUCUCCUGCUGCUCGACCGGUCAGCCCCAAGACGACGGUGAUCGUGGCUCUAGCUGUGGCUGCCGUCACGCUCUUCAGUGUUGGACCUUAA